GGUUUUUUUUUCCACUCGAUCACUGAGAAAUUGACCAAUAUCUAAUUUUCCGAGCAUCUUGAUCCGCCGUGUUCAGCUAAAAGUAUACUUCUUUUUAGUUUUAAGGCUUUUAGCUAUAACAAGCUGCUGAAACUUUCUUCACGAUUAUUUUCUCACCGUCGAAUCGCUCCACUCCAGGGAGUUUUUUUUUUCCGGUGGGAGCAUUUUCUGUAUUCAAAGGGAAGGCUGAUCGGGAAUUGGAACUGUUGGUGCACGCAAUUUCGAUUUCUCUGUUAUAUGCGAGAUCUGAAAAGAGUGUUUCACCGAAGAUUCAGAGACUUCUCGAGAUAGUUUCGGGUUAAAUUCUCACAGACAGUUUCAGAGGAAGAAGAUCGAGAGUGAUGACGUCGGGGACGAGAAUGCCGACAUGGAGGGAGAGAGAGAACAACAAGAGGAGAGAGAGACGGCGGAGAGCGAUCGCAGCGAAGAUCUUCACCGGAUUGAGAAUGUUUGGGAACUACGAGCUGCCAAAGCACUGCGACAACAACGAAGUGCUUAAAGCACUCUGCAACGAGGCCGGUUGGAUCGUCGAACCCGAUGGCACUACUUAUCGCAAGGGAAGUAGACCAGUAGAGCGUAUGGAGAUAGGUGGCGGUUCAGCAACCGCGAGCCCGUGCUCCUCUUAUCAGCCAAGCCCGUGCGCUUCUUACAAUCCCAGUCCAGGCUCCUCCAACUUCAUGAGCCCAGCUUCUUCUUCUUUCCCCAAUCUCACCUCUGGAGAUGGCCAAUCACUCAUUCCAUGGCUAAAACACCUCUCAACAACAUCAUCCUCAUCAGCUUCUUCAUCAUCAAGACUCCCUAAUUACCUCUACAUCCCUGGAGGCUCCAUAAGCGCUCCUGUUACCCCUCCUUUAAGCUCUCCAACAGCUCGUACCCCGAGGAUGAACCCUGAUUGGCAACAACUCAACAACUCCUUCUUUGCAUCCUCAACACCUCCCAGUCCCACACGUCAGAUCAUCCCUGACUCUGAAUGGUUCUCAGGGAUUCAACUCGCGCAAAGCGUUCCUGCUUCUCCAACGUUUAGUCUCGUCUCACAAAACCCAUUUGGAUUUAAAGAAGAAGUAGCCUCUGCUCGUGGAGGCGGGUCAAGAAUGUGGACACCAAGUCAAAGCGGGACUUGCUCACCGGCUAUUCCUCAGACAGCAGAUGUUCCAAUGUCUGAAGCCGUCGCUCCUCCAGAGUUUGCGUUUGGUAGUAGUAACACAAAUGGGUUAGUGAAAGCAUGGGAAGGAGAGAGGAUACACGAGGAGAGUGGUUCGGAUGAUCUCGAGCUCACUCUUGGAAACUCAAGCACAAGGUAGUUACAACAAUCAUAUGUACAUCUAUAAAAAAACAAUAUAUGAAAAAAUUAAACCGGUCCAACUCCAACUAGACCAUUCUCAAUAUGGUGGUGCUUCAAUUUUAUUUCAAUUUAUUUUAUAAUGUAAGGCUCAAAGUGAAACAUAGCUUGAAAUAUUGGUCUUUUUUUUUGUA